AGACGCCACUUCAGAGAUACGCUCAAGGUACUUAUCUAUAUGUGAGUUGGUAACAACAGUGAUUACCUUUUUUGAAAUCAAAAAAUAAAUCGCUGAAAAAUGCUGUCCGGCUGGAAAUUAACUUUAUCUAAAAUGUUCCUAAUACCCCAGAGAUAUGUUUUGGGAGUCAUGGGUUUUUUGGCGAUUAUCAACUCUUACACGAUGAGGGUGUCUAUUUCGGUGGCCAUCACUGAAAUGGUGCCACCAAAAAACUCCUCCUCUCACAAAUCGGACAUUUGUUCCUAUUCUGACUCGGGCUCGUCGACCACAAAUUCCGUAACCGACGGCAGUAAGCUCUAUGACUGGAACGAGUCGACUCAAGGUUUAAUACUGAGCAGCUUUUAUUGGGGUUACGCAGGAACGCAGCUCCUCGGCGGCUACCUUUCUGAAAGAUAUGGUGGUAAAUACACGCUCGGCAUCGGCUUACUUAUAUCAGCUAUAUGCACUCUGAUAACGCCUUGGGUAAUAUACGGUACGGAUGGAAACUCCGGAAUGCUAAUUUUCUUGAGGGUGGUGGAGGGUUUAGGUGAAGGUACCACUUAUCCGGCUUUGAAUGCCUUGUUGGCGAACUGGGUGCCAAAGCAAGAGAGAGGUCGUAUUGGUGCGCUGAUCUAUGCCGGAAAUCAAAUGGGUACCAUCGUCAGCAAUCUAAUCAGUGGGCAACUGAUCGAGGCCACCAGAGACUGGGCUUCCGUUUUCUUUUUAUUCGGAUCCCUGGGGAUUGUAUGGUUUGUCCUUUGGCAACUUUUGUGCUACUCGGAUCCGGACAGCCACCCGUUUAUAAGUGAAUCAGAAAAGUUGUACCUACGCAGGGAGGUGGAAAGCGUCACAUUGAAAAAGAAAAAGUACAUCCCGUGGAAGAAAAUCUGCACCAACAUGCCUGUCGUAGCACUCGUAGCCGCGCAAAUAGGUCACGACUGGGGUUUUUAUAUGAUGACGACAGAUUUGCCGAAAUACAUGAAGGGCGUACUAAAAUUCAACGUGGCCGACAAUGGCAUUUGGAGCUCGAUUCCGUACGUUUCGAUGUACGUAAUUUCAAUGUUCUGCGGGUGGUUUUGCGAUUGGUUGAUUAGAAAGGAUUACCUCAGCGUGACCAUGGCCCGUAAAUAUUUUACCACCGUAGCAUCUGUCGGACCGGCUAUUUUUCUAGUAGCGGCUUCAUACUCUGGCUGCAAUAGGGCAUUGUCGAUAACGAUGUUUACCACCGCGAUGGGCUUCAUGGGCGCCUUCUACUGCGGUAUGAAAAUCAACGCGCUCGAUCUUUCACCAAAUUACGCUGCCACGGUGAUGGGGAUUGAAAACACUGCUGGAGCAAUCACCGGGAUCGUCACUCCAUAUUUGGCAGGGGUUCUCACGCCGGAUCAAACCCUAACGCAAUGGAGGGAGGUCUUUUGGAUCGCCUUUGGAGUAUUUUUCGCGACGAACAUAUUUUAUCUCAUAUUUGCCAGCGGAGAAAUUCAAGAGUUCAACAACGAGAAGCAAAGCGACGACGGUGGGGAAAAAUGAGUCACGGAGUUUAGUGAAAUUCCUUGCGAUUUGUUUUAAAUAAGGGUUGCUAAAUAUGACAGAUGUAAUUGUAACUGAAGUAAAAAGAA